UUGAAGCAAUGCAUAGGAUCCCAGCACCAACAUCAAAAAGGAAUAGCCUGAACAAAACUGCCAGGACAUCACCAACCGUUACUGCACCGCCGUCACCAAACUUGACACCGUCUUUACGCCUCUAGAGAGAGAGAGAGAGAGAGAGAGUGGAGUGAUAGAAACCCUCUCCGUCAAGGUCUAUCGGUUGUCGGGAGGGAAAGAGUUGACGAGGGUUUAUUAUUUUUAGGGGGUUUUGAUCGGAAAGGGCUACAAAUAUGGCGACUGAUAAUGUAGCAUCGGAGCACGAUUACUCGAGUUUGAAGGACCUUCGAUUUGAAAUCAACGGCCAAAACGACGACGCCACUUUCUCUCUCUGUUUCUGGCUUUACCUCCCCGACUCCACUCCUUUUCCAUCAACAAUCAUUCGUCAGAUGCACUCGGAGAUCGCAUGCAGUGUUCCUUUCCUUGUGUUGGAUGAGGAGAAUAAAAUGAUGCUUUUUCCACUGCUUUUCCUGCAUAAAGAAGCUCCCAGUCCUCCCAAUCCUACUUUAGGGGUGGAAGUUCCUCAUGCAUCUGCUAAGAUUGCUUUCUCAUUUGACAAAUGGGUUCAUGUUGGAUGUGAGGUUGCUACUCAUCUUGUGCGGCUUCACAUUAAUGGGGAGAUUGCGGGAGAGAUGCCUUUGAGUUCUUCAGCGGUCAAUGACUCCAAUUUAAAUGGUCUAAGAAGUAUAUCUUUGGUCGGAACGGAUGGAGAUGAUAAUAGGUUCGAGGGUUAUGUCCGCCGUUUUGAACUCCUGCCUAAAACAUCAUCUAUCAAAGCUCACUUUGUAAAGAAUCCACCUUUGCAAUUAUCUGUUGAUGGUUCAGGUGCCUCUGAUAUUGAAGAAGACGAUGAUGGAGUUUGGAGUAUUGUUGGUGGAAAGGCAUCUUGUCGCAGGAAUUUUUCCUUGGAUGUCACUUUACGAGAUGCAUUUGGUGAGCCCACAAACAAGGAAAUGGAGGUUGUUGCCUCACUUUUGUAUGCUGACAACGGAUUACCUGUCGAGAAGCCAGAUGAUGCAGAAGCUCCUCUUCUAACAAGCUAUGAUGGAAUUGAGUUUGCUUGUUGUGAUAGACCAAGUAAACUAACAAAUGGACGUGCUUCCUUUAAGCUCAAGAUAGCCCAGCUUUCAUCUAAAUGUGACAAUAGGCUUUUCCGCAUUAGGUUUGAGAUUCCAAAAAUGGGGAGUUAUCCUUUCUUUGAGGCGUUCUUUAGUCCAAUUCGUUGUAUUUCGCGAAAUCGUAACACGCAGAUUUCUUCUGUAAAGUGGAAAAGGUCAAAUUCAAGUGGGUUGGGUGAGGGAUCCUCAGAACUUCUGUACAAUAUUGUACGUGAAGCAAAAUUUAGCCCAUCAUCAAAACGGGUGAAAUUAGGACAAGAAAAUUCAUUUGCAACUCGCAAGGCUAAUCUCACCAUGGACCGAGCUGAUGACGAAUGCAACUCUCGUGCGUGGACUGCUAACGAGGACUAUAACGUAUACGGAUCUAGUUUAGGGCGGAGACCAGAAAACCACGAAGAAACAGAUAACUCCCCAUCAGAUUCAGAGAGUAUUGAAGCAAGAAAAUCAAAUUUUAAGAGCACAUCAAGCAAUAGGAGUCCAGUUUCAGAUACGGCUAUCUUCAAAUACUGCCUGGGAGGCUUAAAUGAGAGGGCUCUUUUGCUCAAGGAAGUUGCAACAGCAGCUUCUGAAAAAGAACUGGCGGACUUUGCACGGCAGGUUUCCCUAUACUUGGGAUGUUCUCAUCAUGGGCGUCAAGUAAUUCUCGCGAAGAGAUUGGUAGAGGAGGGAACAAAAGCUUGGGAUCUGAUCUCACAAAACAAUCCCCACGUUAUUUGGGAGAAUGUGGUAGCUGAGAUAAAUCACCGUUUCAUGAAGAUUGCAUGCUCCAGCACCAGGUCUCUGACACUGCAGGACUUUGAGACUCUGAGGAGAAUUGCUGGAUGCCAGGAGUUUGUGGCUCGAGAAAACUUUGAGAAGAUGUGGUGUUGGCUAUACCCCGUAGCUUUUACAUUAUCUAGAGUUUGGGUAAAUGCAAUGUGGAAUUCUGCAUCUCCUAAGUGGAUGGAAGGAUUCAUUACAAAGGAAGAAGCAGAGUCUUCACUUCAAGGUCCAGGGGUCCUUCAAGACCCUGGAACAUUUGUACUGCGGUUUCCUACUUCAAGGAGCUGGCCCCACCCAGAUGCUGGCAACUUGGUUGCAACUUAUAUUGGUAGUGAUUAUAAUAUUCACCACAGGCUUUUGUCACUUGAUUACAUUUUCAGUUCUGGAGAAAAGGAAAUGUCUUCGAAACCAUUACAAGAUAUGCUGCUUGCAGAACCUGAGCUCUCGCGUUUGGGCAGGAUUAUUAGAAGUCACUAGUGUUGAUUGCUUCAUAGCUUUGCUACCCCUUCUAGGUUAAAGGUAACUUGUUUGUGACAUAAGUUUUCUUAUCGGUUCCCUUCAUUAUGAACAAAGUGUUCUCGACAUGGUUAGCAAUUAGCAGCUAGUUGUGACAAUGUAGAAAGAAAUUUGUAACCUUCUAUGUAGUUAUGCCAAUGCACAGACGGUGUAAGUAGUCUUCUUCAAACCUAAAUUAUAGAUCUCGACGUGACCCUAAAAUAUAUAGAACAUGGAUUAUCACGCACUGAUCUAAUUACUGUGCGUGUGUAUAGGUGAGCAUAGAGUCUAGACACACCAUAUAUUCACCUGGGCAUAAUUUAAGGGCCUGUGUGAUGAUAUCAUGAUAGAGAUUUGCAAAAGCUAAAUGAAAGUUGUGAUUAGCCAA